CGGCGCGCCAGUAAAUGGUUCGGCUUUGUCGUGAUUGGGUAUGUCUACUUGAGUCGCCGCAACUUACUAGGUAGCUCUGUGAUUUGCGAGAUCCGAAAAUUCCGACAUGAGCUAAAAUCCAGCCACGACCUGUCCUACCUAUCAUCUUAAUCACGGCAGCCGUUGAGAUUUCUCCAGUUACACGGGUUAAAGAAACAUUCACCGAGGACAAGAAUCUGCUGCAGAAUGGCACACAAAAGAUUAAACAUCUACAAAAGGACCCUCUCCCCACAGCUUCACCCUCAGUGGCCAGUGUUACACUCUGGCACAUUGCAUUCGACACUCUGGGCUUCAUUCAGCGGCGCUUGCAGGUAUUUGGCGAGCUACAAAUCUCCUAUUCUCGCAAUCUCCGCCCUUUUGAAGCCAUUAUACCUCAAUCUAUUCAACCAUGGCUCCAUCCGCGGUCACUUCUCCUGGCAACGCGGUGCUAUUGGCAAACGUGACUAACAACACUCACCGGCUGUGGUGGAGAGACCCGGGCCUACGAAGCCUCAAAGUUCUACUUUUAUCCUGUUUUCUCGGUUCCAUAGCAAACGGCUAUGAUGUCUCUCUCAUCUCUGGGCUCGAGGCAAUCCCCCGCUGGUUCGAUGACAUAUCGGGCGCCAAGAAUGUCAAUACUCUGGGGCUCCUCAUCGCAGCCUACUCCUUUGGCGGCGUUAUAUCUUUCUUUCCAGCACCCUGGGUGGCCGACAAGCUGGGUCGUCGGUGGGGGAUCAUAAUUGGAGACGUGGGCAUAAUCGUGGCCGUCAUCGGGCAGUGCUUCUGCAAGACGGCCGUCCAGUUCCUCGGCACCCGCCUCGUACUCGGCUUCUUCUCGCUCUUCAACUCCAUCAGUUCAACAGCACUUCUCUCAGAGCUUGCCCACCCCCGCCAGCGAGCUAUCGUUGGCGCCCUCUUUAACACCUUUUUCUUUCUCUUUUGGACGAGCGUGCAGCUUGUCUUUGUCCUAUUUACUCCAGAGUCUCCGCGUUGGUUGGUAAAUAAUCAGCGGCUCGACGAGGCUAAAAGCACCUUAGCCAAGUAUCACGCCAAUGGUGAUGAGACUGACGAGCUCGUCAUUGUCGAGUUUUCCGAGAUUUGCGCCUCAGUCGAGCUGUCCAAGAGCUCAAAGGUGACUUGGGCAUCGUUGUUUGCUACCCCCGGCAACCGGAGGAGAGUUUUCAUCUGUCUCGGGCUCGGUCUCGCUACGCAGUGGCAGGGCAUCAACGGGGGUUUGCAGAUUUACAACUGGUUUUUGUCAAUUGCCGGGGCGAUGCUGGCUGAGAGGGCUGGGCGUAGAAAGCUAUUUAUGCUAUCGUCGUCCAUAAUGUUGCUGUUCAUGAUCCUCGUCUUGACAUGCUCGGCAGUCUUCGCCAACACAGGAAAUUCUUCUUCCGGUACAGCGGUUAUCGUGUUCCUGUUCCUGUUCUUAGGCGGCUACGUUAUCGGUUUCACACCAAUCCCUAUUUUGUACGUCAAUGAGAUUUGGCCAACAGAACUUCGAGCCAAGGGUGGAUCCGUGUAUUGGCUCUCGCAAACGUUAGCAGUCUGCUUCAACCAGUAUGUGAAUCCUAUUGCGCUGCGUGAGAUUCAAUGGCGAUACUACUUUGUCUACGUCGGCGUCGCGGGUAUUUUUGACAAGGAGUACGCAGUGGCAGUAUCUCAGCCACUCAGCAACGCAUUGAGAAAGGAGGAAACUGAGGUAGCAACCGUCGAAAACGCAGCUUGAUUUCAGCUGCAAAUUGCGCUUAGAUAGCCGGGGAGAAUUUGAGAAUUGAGUAGGAGAGAGAAACAGC